ACCCUUCUGUUGAUCUGUUGGUGUCAAGGAUAGACCUGUAACUGCAAUUUUUUUUACCAAACCACUGUUUUGAUUUUAAUAAUAAACAGCAAUUAAAUAAUUUUUCAUUUGUUUUCAGCAUUUUUUGCAAGUAAUGACAACUUCACAAAUUCUACCAAUAAAAAAGUGGUGAAAGAGGAAACUGCAGAAGUGUUUUCUGCGCCAGACAUUAUAGUCAGCCCAGAUCCCGUUACUGAAGGUACAUUGAUGUCGCUGGAGUGUAAAACCCGAGUUACCCAACAGAAAACUCCUUCUUCUUCUUCAGUGAAAUUGCAGUUUGCUUUCUAUAGAGACAGCCGAGUAGUGCAAGACUUCUCAUCAAUCAGUGGCUACCAAGUCUUUCCAGUUGAAAUGAAUCAUUCUGGGGAAUAUUCCUGUGAAGUGAGAACCUCUACCAACAGUAAAACUAAAAUGAGCAAAAUAUUAGCAAUUCGCAUACAAGAGCUAUUCUCCAUCCCAGAAAUAAAACUGAUCUCACACCCAGUGAUCCCCGGGGCAAAUCUGUCUAUAACAUGCAGCACAGUCAGCAAAUCUGUCGCAACUCAACCUCGAUUCAGAUUUUACAAAGACGAGAUCUUGGUGCAGAAUGAGAGUUUAUCCAAUAAUUAUUAUAUGAACUCAGUUCAGCUGAAGGAUUCUGGGAAUUAUUCCUGUGAUGCGCGUAUAUAUGACACAGUGAAGACAAGUAGUCAAGUCAGCGUCCAGGUACAAGGUGAGUGGGGAAGGUUCACCUUUUCUGAUCAUCCACUUGAAGCAUCGUCUUUCAGGCCCUACCAGAAUAUGUGUCAGCAUUUUACUUCAGAUGAUCUUUUUGUCUGGAAUUAUUCUUAUUGCAUGAUGGUAUCUGCUUGGAAGAAACAGAAGAUCCCCAAAAAAAUGCACAGAAACACACACAGUUUGACUGUAGCCUAAUGGCCCCCACGGUUCACGGUUUUAGCAAUUGUCCAGACAAACUCAUGAGUUAAUAGCUGUACGUUAAGUAGUUAAUGUAUGUGACUGAAACACGGUGCCAUUUAUUGCCCAACAUGGUGGCAUGAUACUACAUUUUCAAAAUGUUUUUGUAUAACCGAUCAUCUGCUACAUAUCUCUGUCUACCGAUUAAGUCUCCAUGUUGCUGUUUGAUCACUGCCAGCAAAUCCCAAAUGGUGGUGCUGGCCACCGAAUAAGGCUUGCAGUCACUUGGGGUUUGGGGCAAAAUGGAGGCCACUCAAGGUGAGAUUUGGGCAGGCUUGGACUGGCCAUCUGUAGAUUAUGGCAAAUGCCAGAGGGGCUACUGUAUAUUUGAAAUGCCAUGGCCUAUUUUGAAUCUCGGUCCAGGGUUGGAUUUGGGGAGUAUGUCUUCACACUUACCUAAGUAAGCCCUACUAUUGGUAGUGGUGUGCAGGUUAAGAAAUUCUUGACCCUCACCCAACUUUAACGCACCUGGCCUGGCCCACCGUUUCCCCUCUAUUUAUA